AUGGCCAACAUCAUUCUUUCAAUAAAUGCCGGCUCAUCUUCGUUGAAAACAACCGUGUUCAAAGAAGUGCACCAAGGCGAAGGAAACGAGAAGCUGCUCCGGCGGCUGGCUUCCGCUCAAAUCUCGGCAAUCAAUCAACCACCAGCCCAAUUCAAAUAUGUCCGGGGCGAUCAGAAAAAGACGGCCGAGGCAGGCUCCAUCCAUACCCACAAGGAAGCAUUUGCAUACGUCCUAGAUGCCUUCCUCUCGGACCCUGAUGUCCCCGAAGUCUCGAGCAAAGACGACAUCCACUAUGCAUGUCAUAGAACCGUGCAAGGCGGCGACUUCGAGGACGACCAAUUGAUCGAUAAAAGCACCUUUGAAAAGAUCGAGAAGCUCUCUGAUCUAGCCCCUUUGCACAAUGCUUCUGCGGUCAGUCUAAUGACUGCGUGUCACGAUGACCUUCCCAAUGUCGUCAAUGUCGCAUGCUUUGACUCUGGAUUUCAUCAUACCAUGCCAGACUAUGUCAAGACCUAUGCUAUCGACCAGAAGAUCGCUCGAGAGAAGGGACUGCGCAAGUAUGGUUUCCACGGACUUAGCUAUCAAUAUAUCACUCGCCGGGUGGCAGAACACCUAGGCAAGCCGCAAUCCGAGACAAAUCUGAUCGCGCUUCAUCUUGGAAGCGGAGCAUCAGCAUGCGCGAUCCAAAAUGGUCAGUCCAUAGACACAACCAUGGGCCUGACCCCUGUCUCUGGUUUGCCGGGCGGCAGUCGGUCUGGCGAUAUCGACCCCAGCCUGGUCUUUCAUUACACCUCCCACGCCAGUGCCUUGAGCCCCAGCAGCACGAAAGAUCUGCAUAUUUCCACGGCCGAAGAUAUUUUGAAUCGGCGUAGUGGCUGGCUGGCAUUGACGGGCACGAGCGACUUCGCAAACAUUGCUGAUCCGAACGCCCCUGAUACGCACAAACUUGCCUUUAACAUAUUUGUCGAUCGAGUAGUUGGGUACAUCGGCAACUACUACGUCAAGCUCGAUGGUAAGGUAGAUGCUUUGGUCUUUGCAGGAGGCAUUGGCGAAAAGAGUGCCUACCUUCGAAGUGUCGUAACCCAAAAAGUGGCAUGUCUGGGGUUCUCUCUGGAUGACGCGAAAAACGAAAGGGCUGCCGAAGGAGGCGACGUUGUGGAUAUUGGUUCGGACGGUAAGAAACCACAGACGAUUGUGUGCGAAACAGAUGAAGAUUAUCUCUCUCUUGGAUUCUCCAUACCGAAAAGUGCCAUGGCCAGUACAGAAACUUGA